CGUACGCAGAAGCCGGAGGAAAACGACGUUAGUAAUAGAUAACGCGGAAGAAAGUAAUUUUCACACAAUAUUAAGGGAAAAACAACAAAAAAAGUUUUACUAAUUUUUCUCUAUACAAUAAAUGGAAAAAUUGAAUUAAUACUUGUUAAAUAUAAUCAAAUAAAUAAAAACUAAGCAAGUGAAAACUAACUAACGAAUAAUAUAAAGAGAUAAACGAAUAAAAUAGUUGAUAUAUGUAUCAAUAAAGUGUUUACAAGUGUUAAAAAAUGUAUUAACGACUUUUAUACUGAAUUUUUUUGCUAACGGGUGUGACAAAUACAACAACAAAACGCAAAAAUUUAACAAUAAAAAAAAAGAACAAUCCCCUCAUAUACUAUAAAACAAAACAUAAAUUAAAACAAAAUCUGCUAAAGUGUUGUUGGUUUUUUUAGCAACACAACAAUAAAAAAUAAAGUUAAAACAAAAAAAAAAAGUAUAUUUUUAAAUAAAAGAAGCACCAAGGCAAAACGAAAUAAGUUAUUUUUUUGUUUUUGCAUUCAUUCAUUUAGCGAAAGCUCCUUUAUGCGCCGCUGGGUUUGGUCAUAAAUACUUGGCAUCACUGUUUACUUUAUGUCACCACUGUCACAGUUGCAAAAAAGUGUAGUACUCGAAGCUGUAUACGAAAGUAGCAUGAACUAGAUACAAAACAACAGCAACAACAGCAAUAAUAAAAAAGAUUUGUAAACACAACGAAUUAAACGAAAAUAUUAACAAAUAAACAAACAAACAAAUAAACAACUUCAUUUCGAGAUACACACAGAAACACAGCAAUCUUUACAGAUGCAAACAGUUUUUACAUUUUCGAAAAUACUUCAUCAGCAGCAGCAACAGCAACAACAUCAUCAUCCACAACAAACAAAAAAGUGACGUUAUAAGUAUCUUGAAGAUUAACUAAAAACAUGUUUAAAAAAAGUACUUAAAAUAGCAAAACUUAACAGAGAGAUACGCGGAGCGAAUUACUAAAGACAAGAGGAGCUAAGAGGUGGCUGUUGAAGUUGUUUGAAAAAAAGCAAAAAUUCAAACAACGACUAGUAUAUUCUUUACAAGCAGGCACACAUAGCCAGUCAUACAUCCAUCCAUCCAUCUAUCUAUCUACUAGAAAAAUAAACAAUUAAGUGUUAUUUUUAUAAUAAGAAAGAAAAAAAUACCACACUCUCUCUCUGCACACACGCCAGAAAUAAAACAAAUGAUAAGAAAUUGGGUGCUAAAAUGCAUUAAAGAUACAAGAUAAAUUGUUUAAAUACGUUGUUGGAUCAAGGCAUUUAGGCAGAUUUAAAACAGCAAAUAGAACAACAGCCGCACACCCAGCCCCUGUCCCCCAUUAAGCAGUAGUGGAAACCACAGAACCAUUACAACACUCCGAACAAUAUCGAUUUCAUGAGUGUGUUUGAAUGCAUGUUUUGUAUUUUUUAAAUAUAAAACGAAACAAAAGGAACUUUAUUUUUUCUGUUACAAUAGAAGUUUUUUUUUUUCAACUCACUCAGGCUGCUGAGAUGAGAAACAGAAAUCAAAGUCUGACUGUUUGAUUAACGUACAUUGUAAGCCACUAUACAAAAUCGUUAACGGCGUUUAAAUAUAGAAACAUUUUGAAAUAUUUACAGUACAAAAUUGAAAUCAAAACAUAAAACAACUUUACUCUUUGAAAAUUGUAUAUCGUCUUGGUGGUUUAGCUUGGAUUGCUCUGUACAUAUUUGUUUUUUCACAACAAUAAAGAUGAUGGGACGUUAUUGAACUAAGAGUUUUUUGUUAUUUUCCAUUUCCUACAUAGACAAGUUUUUGCAUGCUUCAACUAUACUUGUCUGCGAUAACGAAACGAAGAAAAAAAUACAUAAUACUAAAUAAAAAUAUAAAACAACAGAAAAAAUACAAACGUUGCCAUGUAAAGUUACAACAAUUGUAAAAAAUAACUUUUGCCUAUAACUGAAGAACAAUAACGAUUCCUUUUUCAAACACAAAACACAAACAAAUCUACAUAAAUUGAAACAAAAGAAGAGUUGGGAGGCAAGGCAGUCUUUCUUCUGAGCUUUUUAAAAUUAUUGGAAAUUAUUUGUUACUCUCCAUAUCAAGCGCCAUAAUAACUCAUUGUUUAUUCUAAACAGCCAGAUAGAACAACAGCAACAAAAAUAAUUAUAAUAUAAAAAAUUAUUUAAAAAUACUUGUUAGCUUCCCAUCAACCCAAAAUAAAACGUGACCGUCCGGUGACAAUUUGUAGAGAGCCAAGCAAGUAAGAAUACACCCAAAAAUAUCAUAUAAAAUAUUUAAAUGCAUUCGUAAAUAGAAACAUUUAACAACAUGGAUACUAGUAGUAAUGUAACAACACCAUUAAGCCCAGACACCUGCACAAGUACGAGUUCUACAUCGUCGGCUCCUCAAUACAGUGAAGAUAUACGAAGGCCCUUGAACGCAUUGGAAUUACUACCUCGCCAGGGUUCUGGAUCUUCAAAUAAAACUUGCGAAGUAGAUUUAGGAGAUGAAGAACGUGAUACAUUUUCACCCGUCAGUAGCAUUAAUAAUAGUCCCAGCGAGGAUCAUAAUGUAGGCAGUACUUCUAAUAUAAUUAGUGCAGAUCCUUGUUCCUCUUCGUCUUCGAAGGAUAAUAAACAUUUUGAAGGUCCCCUGCCACCACUUAAAUUAAAACUCAACAAUUCUCUAACGAAUAAUUUGCAUCCCACACCGUCUAAGGAAGAAAAACAAAGACAAAACGAGGAAAUUGUUAUACUAGAAACAUCAUCGAUUUCAUCUGAGACUGGUUCUUGGGAAUCGGUGUUUCCUCAGGCGCAAACAACCACAGUUGCCAACAAUACUAUACCACAAGCAGAUGUAGAUUUAACCAAUUACUGUGUAGGUUUGUUGGAGAAGAAUUUUGCCGCCAAAGAUAAUUGUAAAACGCAUAAAGAAGAACCUUCUUCUUCCUACUCGCAUUUAGCUAUUAAAAAUAAGGAUUUGGAGUGUUUAGAGCCGCUGGCAAGAGAACGCACUUACUCUGCUGGUCACUCGGUAACUGCAGAUACUAGUUCUCUGCUAAAAGGCAGUAGUACUUCUUCACUGCAACGCGAUAUUCUGUUAAAUAAGGUGGAAAAUCCCAUGACUGCCUCUCAGAAUAGUGCUUGCUUCAUUGAUGCUUCUUCGCUGUGCGAUGAAGAUGAAGUGGAGCCCUUUAAGCCGUCGACACAAACACAUGUUAAAGCAGAUGAUGACUCGCCAACGAAAAAAUUAGAAACAUUCCAUAAAGCCUUUGCCCGGUGCAAAGUGAAAUCCAAGGAUCUUGCCGAUGAUCCGAACAUUAGUUCACCGCCAGCCAGACCCAAAUCUUCAUCAUCAUGUUCUUCAGAUGAUAACGAAGACAAUGGCCAUAAAAAUGAUACUCAGUUGUCGAAUGAAUCGGUUAGCAAUUUGUCGGAUGAGGAGAAGCUGUGGAAAAGGGAUCAUAAUAAUCCCAGUGAAACGGAGAAUAAAUUAUUGGAACAUCAUAAAAAUGGCCUGAUCAAUGUCAAUGAUGAUCCUACCGAGGCCUCAGUGUCAUUAGCUCACGAUGUGGACUCAUCGGAUUCCUCCGAUCUGUUUAAAAUGCGUCAUCCUUUGGCCGAAAGAAAAUUUACAAACUUCUCUUAUCAUACACAGAAUCCAGCACAGUACACAGCUUUACCGCUACAACACACCAAGCUACUUAACACCCACAUGGCGUCGUCGAAUCAACACAAUCAAACGGGAGCUCACAGUGAUGUUAGUUAUACCACUGACUAUUCUUCGUCUAGUCCGGCUCCUAGUUUGGUGUGGUCCGAGCAUGAACACCGAUCUAGUCAUACAGCCCAGCAACAGCAACCGUCACGACUUCAUCUAGAGGAUUAUGAAAUUACAAAACUCAAGCCACACUUAUUGCCGGAUACUCCCCACAACUCCAUAGUGCAUAUAGAACCCAAUACAUCCUCUAAUACUUCUUCAAUACAUCGCGACUAUACAUUGUCAUCGUCAUCAUUUUCACAUCAUCGCGAUUCUGGAGCCUACUGCAGUGACGCCACCGAUUCGCCCGUACCCAUGCCCAGAACUCCAAAACGUUCAAAGUUUGAUGAAGCCAAUCCCAUUAUUUCGGGAGGUUCUUGCAUAGCGGACUACCAACCGAAAAAAUGUGACAGUCCCUCCCUGAAAAGACAAAUAGAAACUUGUCCUAUUGUAUCGGGUGGAUUUACAUCGCUGGAUUUCGAACCUACCCGACCUGUAGGUGAUGAGUACGACGAAGAGGUCGAAUUACGGCAUAAACCAAAGCCUAGAAAACCUUUGUCAGGUAUAGCAUCUUGGGUGGUGGAUAUGGGCGAUUGCCAAAAAGAAAGGCGUAAGAGCACUAGUUCAACUUCUAGCUUAGAGACUUCGCAUAGUAAAUUUAGAGAGAGGACUGAUUCUAAUAGUUCGAAUAAAAGUGGUUGUAAUUUUUUCAUUUCCCUAGAUGAUAUGGAUAAAAAACCGAAAGAAAAGAAACCUAACACUGAAUCCCAAAUGAGUAAAUCGUUUAAUGGUCCUACGAACUCAAAGUUUUUUGUUAAUCUAUCGACUAGUGAAUAUAAAGCAAAAGAAGAUAAUGAUUUGCCUAAUCGGAAACCUGUAGUGAAGCCGGAAGAAACUUCGGACAACAAUUCGCAUAACAACAUAUUUAGUAUGUUUAUUGAUUUUGGAAAUGGUGAUAAAAAUGGAAAAAUUAAACCACGGAAAGAACCCUUCAGUUUAGCUCAACGUUUAAGUAGUUCUUUGACCACCCAAAAUCAAAAGAAACUUGAAGCUGAAAGUCUAAAGUCUGCUGCCAGUUCCACUGAGACUUUAAUGUCCAAAUCUAAUCAGCUUAAAAAUCCCACAGAAACCGAAAUAGCUAAUACGGGAGAAUCGAAAUCCUUGGAUUUUAAAGUCAAUUUAGAUCCUCCCAUUACAGUAGCGGCUAUACGAAGAAUAUCCAUGCAGCAGAGAGCUCAACAUGAAGCAAAUAAAAGACACUCGUGGAGCAACAACAGCAAUAAUCCUAAUGGUAAUGUAGAAUAUAAACGCUCUAUUAGUUUAACCAACAAUAACGACGGUAAGGAUAAUGGUAGCAAGGGUCUUAUGAGUAUAAUAGAUAAAUUGCCAAUUAUCUCGAAAACAUCUUCACUGUCUAUCGACAGCUCACUGUCACCCUAUGAUGAUUACACUGGUUCGAAAUCAGAACUUAGCACCAGUUCGGGUGGUGAGAGAGAAGAAGAGGGAAGUGGCGGAGCCAUUGCUAAUCGUAUUAAGAAACGUAGAAGAGAUGUACAAAUAAAUGAAACCUUUGAUAAAUCCAGUUUGGCUUCCAUAACGGAUGGUAUUCUAUCUAAAGAUCUUUCGCCCAUCUCCACUACCGAUACAGAUGACCUAACUUUCCAACAAGAUGAAGAACAAGCAGCCCGUGAAGCUGAAGAAUCGUUAAAAAAUCUGCAAUCCGCAGCGUCAUCCUCAUCUCAAAUACCCAUAUCGACUCAAAAUCUAGCCUCUUCAUCGUCCUCCUCCUGUCGCAUGUCUAACAUUAUAAUGGAAACGAUAGUUGAAGCCAAAGAAACAUCUUCACCAAAGAAAAUUCCCUCGAAUCUAACAAUGGAUUCACUGCAAGCCACCAUUGAAAAGCAAAAAAUGUUGCUAGAAACAGUAAACGAGCACGCCGAGGCCGAAAAGGCUGCUAACAACAACACGGCAACAACGUUUGUCAAGCUCUCCGACAUGGAUAAACCAGUGAAGUUGGAUUUAAAAUCUCCCGAACGCAUGAGCACAAGUGUGGGUGGCAAUCACCGACAAAUUAAUCGUUUAUAUCGUGACGAUAAUCGAGCCAGACCACAUUCCUGGACCAUGUCACGAUCUACCGGCAAUACAUUUCAAAAUUUUACCAAUUCGGUGGAAAAUCUGCGAAGUUUAUCGAGGCUAUUCCCCAACUUCUCCAAAGAAAUAUCGAAUUCUCUACCCAACGAUAUGGCUUUGGAUCACAUGGAUUAUAUUCAAACUGAUUUAAGUGCUGACUCAAGUUUAGCUUCUAGCAUUAGUAGAUCGGGAAUGGAUGAGUCAUCUAUAUCAUGUCGCCAGCCCAGAAGACUGGGUGAAGAUUUGCUAAAGAUGUUUUUGCAAGAAAUCGCCACAGAUAUGAUAGUUGAAGUACACGGACGGCGCAUUAAGGCUCAUAAAUGUAUAUUACGUUCUCGUUGUCAAUAUUUUGCUGCCAUGUUGGCGGGCAAUCAAUCGACUAGCGUGGUAUCUCUACAGGGAUAUUCCUAUUCAGCUGUACAUUUUGCUUUAUGUCACAUCUAUUCGGGUGCAUCACAUCCACCCGAUGGCAUUAGUCUUAUGGAAUUGGCUGCAUUGGCUGAUCUGUUGGGUCUAGAAGGUUUAAAAGAAGUCACUGCUCAUGCUUUGAAAACGAAUUAUUGCCAUAAUUUCCACAAGCCUUGUUCAGGUUGUAUUGAUGGCAUUUUACAAGUACUGCCGGUGGCAUUAAAUCAUGCCUUGGAUGAUUUGUAUCGCAAAUGUUUAAGAUGGACUUGCCGCCAUUAUUUGAAGGUGUGGCCAACUAGGCAGUUUGCUCAAUUGCCCGGAGAUAUUUUGGGUAGAUGUCGCCAACAAAUUGUUGCAUAUUUGACCUCCGAAUCUGUAUUGGAUUGCGUACUGGAUUGCGACAAUUUAUUAGCACAACUGGCUACAUAUCGGUGGGGAGGUGUUUGCGAAAAUUUAGUACGCGACAUCUUAGAUGCUGCCUACACUUACAUAGCUGAACACUUUGCAAGCUUAAUAGCCAGCGAUUCAUUCCUCUCCCUGGGUCAUGAUCGCAGUUGUCAUAUACCACGUUUGGAAGGCGUACUACUAAGGACUGCUUCCUCUCUAACUCCCGAUCAAGCCUGUCGCAGUUAUCAACGCAUAACUCGUCUUAAUACUGUGCUGCAAGCUAAAGUCAUUCAAAUGCCGGCUGGUCUGGGAGAAUUGGCCAAAGAACUACAAGGUCUUCAAGAGGAAGAUCUUGACUGGGAUGUCGAGUAUAUACGUCUAGUAAGUUCGUUAUUAUCUGCAGUGGAACAAUGUCUCAUUAGACAAUGCUCGCGGGCGAUGAGAGUAACAGCAUGGCAGAGAAUGGACCUGGAUUUAAGAAAGAAAAUACAAACCUUAGCCAGAUUAACAGAACCUUUAGAUCUGAAACGAGGCAAGCCGGUAUCUAAAGCAUUUUCAUUUGGUGGCAGUACUAGAAAUCAAGAUCUGCAACAAGUUAAAUUGGCCAUACAAGCUCAUUCGAAAAAAGCCUUGGCCGGCGAUACCCAGUUGUAUAAGGCCACACAGACUCACGAUGCAGUGCAGACAACCGAAAGAGGUGUACAAGCUAAUCACGAUAUAAGAGAAGGAACAAGUCGUGUUUUAAAAUCAAAUUCUCGUGCUCAUGUUCCACAAUCUCUACGAGGAAUUUCUCAAAGUACGGUCACCACAGAACGUAAUAGUGCGAAUACAAACUCCGCCACACACCGCAGAACUAAAUCAGAGGCUACAAAACCCACAACAAAUGCAACCAAAACCAUUGAACCAAAGAAACCCGUCGAAUCGAGAGCGGCAGAUUCUACCACUAAACCCAAACCUCAACCUCUUAAGUUGGCCGAUGUAAGACCCCGUUAUUUGGAACCCAAGAAAACCCCCACAACACAGGGUCCUGUUCGUAGUAGCACUAGUUCGAGUAUACCAGCGAGUCUGGCAAAGAAACAGAACAAUUACCAGCAAUCUUCAAGUGAGAGUUCAAGACAUUCAAGUCCAGCAGCUCGUAAACAUCUCAAUGGCAAAGUGGCUGCAAUCAAAUCGACCAAUAACAUGUCCUUGGACAGUUUGGCUUCAACUUCCUGUCGCCCGGCAAGAAGUAAAACUAACAAGUCUUCCGAUACUGAACGAUUCUCCGACAUUGGUGUAGAUUCAUUAAAUGAAAGCAUGAAAAGUUCAGUGAUUACCAACAAAACAGCAUCUCGAGAAUCACUAACCUCUACUCGAUUGGCCCGGCCAAAGAAUAUCAAAGCAGACACCAGCACUAAUCAAAAUCAAAAAAACAAAACAGUCAAUGGCACAACAAAACCCUCAAGACCUACAAGUCUAGGUCCACGAGCACCUAAAUAUCUACAACAAAGAAUUACUUCCACUGGUUCCAGUCCCUCAUCGGUUACCACCACCAAAUCGGCCCACAGUCGUCUGUCAUCAGUUUCCUCGAAUCAAUCGUCAAGAGAUUUAUAUAAACGCUCCAUAUCGGUACCGGGUAAGAACGAUAACCCACCAGUAACAAAACACAGUUUCCUCUCGGCGAAAUCUCGUGAAAUCUUGGCUAGGCGGGCCGAAAAGGAAAAGAGUAAACAACAAGAAGUUCUGAAAAAAUCGCAAGAGAGUCAAAAUUCCAAAGAGGAGUCAAGUAAACAUUUCAGCGGACAUCCGGUAAUGCGCUCAGCUUCCCACUCCUCGGUUGUAAACAAUCGUAAUGGCCAACCUUCAAAUAUACCCACACGCAGACCGAAUACUUUGCACUUGAAGAAAACCCAUGCUGUCGCUGUAAAUAAAACCAAUUUUAAUCAACAACAGCCAACUAAUAACAAAAACCGCACAUUACAAAAUUCCAAUGAGAUUUAUCAAACUGCACAGGCUGUUAAACAAAAGAUCGAAUUGCUCAUAAAAACUUCCAAUCAUACUGCGAACAAUGAAAAUAACGAUAUCGAUAAUCAUCAUCAGCAGCAGCAGCAACCAUCAAUUGUGGUGGCUUCAAAAUUAGAACGUUCGAGUACAUUCUGCAAAGAUUCCGCCGAUGUCGAUAUCAACGAAUUACAGAUAAUCGAAUAAAUGUGAAGAGGUAGCAGACGAUGAUUUAAAACGAAGUGAUGAAGAACUGUUUAAGAACCUUAAUACGGUUAAAUUGGAUGAAAACUCUUAAAUUAAAUGAGAUUAUUUAAAAUACUACCGUAUUUGGGUUAUUGGAUUCUUUAAAUUUGGCUUCUCAUAUUCUUAAACAGCAACUCUAGUCAAAAUGUAAUUAGUUGCUUGUUAAAAUUAAAAGUAAUAAAACUAAAAAACUUAGCAAGCUUUAGUAUGACACCUUAGAAACACAAACAAGGGUUAAAAAAACACAAAAAAACCAAUUAAAAAAAACAUAACAGUUGCCGAACAUUUAAAAAAAAAACUAAAGCACAAUAUUAAAAAAUACAAACAAAAAAAGGAAAAACAAAUAAACAAUAUUAAGUUUAAAGCUAAAGCAGAAAAAACAAACCCGCCCCUUUAUAGGAAAUAAUAAUUAUUACCAAACUUACAUACAUACAUUAAUUACUUAAAAUUUAAUAUGAAUUAAAAAAAAUUGUCAGUCGAAAUUCAAAAUAAAUGUUUGUAAGAAAUUUACAAAUUCUAUACUACUAUAAAGCAACAAAAGAAUUAAGUUUGUUUUUUAGCACAUAAGUUAAUAAAUAAUACAAUACAAAACAUAAUAUAUAAUAUACAUACAUAGAAAACCAUUUGGUGAUAUUAUUUAGGUUUAAAACUUUGAAACAAAACAAAAGAAAUAUUUAACAAAACAAUUACAUUUUUGGUUUAAUAAUUUUAAAUUUGGUAUUUUGUGUAAAAAAAAACAAAUAACAAACAUGAGAGAAAUACAGGAGUUUCAAUAGCAAUAGAAUGAUCUCUUUAAAGCUUUUUUAUAGUUGAAGCUAUCCUUUUACUCCUCUCUUACACUCUCACUUGGCCACCACCACAGUUUCAUGUUGGUUUUCAAAUUGGCUUAAAUAUUUUGAAUAAAAA